AUGGCCAUUGUGGGCAUUAUGGACGUGUUUGGCCACUGGGGUAUCCUUGGCUUUGGCCACAUCACUGAGGUGUUCACCUACUCGCCUACGGAAUUCACGGAUUGUCUUGCCAAUGUAUUCUUUGCCACACUGGCAGACAAUCCGAUAAAUAACCCCCCGGGUCUUGCAGUUCAUGAAGUCGCGAAUGAAAAUCUCUCUGAGGGAAACGUCGUGUUAUCACUGAAUUACAAAGCAGAAGAUGAAGAUAUACAGUGCUCAUCACAAGAAAAUCUCAUUACCCUCCAUGUACAUCCAGGACUUCACAGUACAGGUCUGCCAUAUAGUCCUCCUAAUCACGAGGAACCUUCUCCUGAAAAAGCACAGAUUGUUACCACAAGUGCAGGUCAGAAAGAGGGUGAAAGAUUUCAGUGUGGUAAAGAGUUCACAGAAACCUCAGGUCUUUCUACACAGAGAAGAAUUCACACAGAGGAGAAGCCAUACUCAUGUUCUGAAUGUGGGAAAUGUUUUAUGAAGAAAUCAAAUCUUGUUGCACAUAAGAGAAUUCACACAGGGGAGAAGCCAUUCUCCUGUUCAGAAUGUGGAAAGUGUUUUACAUCUAAAUCACAUCUUGUUACACACAAGAGAAUUCACACAGGGGAGAAGCCAUAUUCAUGUUCACUAUGUGGGAAAUCAUUUACAGAUAAAUCAAGUCUUAUUUUACAUGAGAAAAGUCAUACAGGUGAGAAGCCAUAUUCAUGUUCAGAAUGUGGGAAAUGUUUUAUAAAGAAAUCUAAUCUUGUUACACAUCACAGAAUUCACACAGGAGAGAAACCAUACUUCUGUUCAGAAUGUAAGAAGUGUUUUACACAUAAAUCACACCUUGUUACACAUGAAAGAAUUCACACAGGGGAGAAGCCGUAUUCAUGCUCACUAUGUGAGAAGUCCUUUACAGAUAAAUCACAUCAUCUUAGACAUGAGAGAAGUCACACAGGAGAGAAGCCAUAUUCAUGUUCACUAUGUCAGAAGGCCUUUACAGAUAAAUCAAGUCUUGGUAGACAUGAGAGAAGUCACACACGACAGAAGCCAUUUUUAUGUUCAGAAUGUGGGAAAUAUUUUUUGCAAAAAACUGAUCUUGUUGUACAUGAGAGAAGUCACACAGGAGAGAAGCCAUAUCCAUGUUCAGAAUGUGGCAGAUCUUUUACAAAAAAAUCAGAUCUUGUUAGACAUGAGAGACGUCACACAGGAGAGAAGCCAUAUUCAUAAUGUAAGAAGUGUUCUACAAAUCAGGAUUCUUGCACACGACAAUAUGGCUUUUUCAGUAUUUUGCGGGUCGCAAAAAAUGCAUCCGCAAAAAAUACGAAUGACAUCCAUGUGCAUUCCGUUUUUUGUGGAACGGAACAGCUGGCCCCUGAUAGAACAUGUCCUAUUAUUGUCCGCAUAAUGAACAAGGAUAUUACUGUUCUAUGUUUGAACAGAAA